UCCACGAAAAGUACAUUAAAAACUCUGAACUCUUGAAUAAAAACAUAUGUUUGUUUCUCUUCUUCGUGGGUGAACUUGUAAUACUCUCUCUCUGCCGGCAGGUGGCAGGCCUGCGUCGCAUCCCGCUGCACUUGUCGUCCCUGUUGUCCUGCCGGGAGCUAGCUUAGCCUAGCCGCAUCCACACUCUCCUGCGUGUGUCGGCGUGUCGGCUCCUGCAGACGGAUGUUACUCUCUGAACUGUGUCAAACCAGCUGGAACUCUCCGACUGUUUCCCCCUGAAGCGUCCGCAACACCAGGCUGUAAGAAAACCAACCUUUUAUUCAUUAAAACAGGUUACAGAGAAGAUGGAAGUAUGUGUACCGUAAACCAGGAGAAGCUGUCGUGUUCACCGCGUCCACCAACAACCCCACUCCUCAGUUGCACCAUGGAUUCUGCUGGAUAUAAACAUGAGUCCCACUACACAGAAGUAGAGAGUCCUUGGCAUGUGGUGCAGAAAUCAGGAGAUCCGGAUCACAGGAGCAGAGAUGUUGAGAGCUGGAAGCUUGUGGAUGUAUUUCUGUCGGGUGGAGCACCGUGGGGAUUUACACUCAGAGGAGGACUGGAGCACCGAGAGCCUCUGCUCAUCACAAAGGUUGAGGAGGGCAGCAAGGCGGCAGCUGUGAGUCUCCAGGUGGGAGACGAGCUCGUCAACAUCAACGAGAUUCCCCUGAGCGGCUUCAGACAGGAGGCCAUCUGCCUGGUGAAAGGCUCCCACAAGACCCUCAGUCUGGUGGUGAAAAGGAGGAAUGAACCCAUAAGCAGGCCUCACUCCUGGCACUCCACCAAGUUCAACGAGAGCCAAUCAGAGGCUGCCAAAAGGCAGUCCCCACCCACGCAAGUCUGGAACGCCAGAUAUGAUGCAAGCUCCUCCUCUACUGAUCUGUCCUCUGGCUGGGAGCAAACAGACCUGCGCAGAGUGUCCGACCAGUUCAGCUCUCUGGGCAGUAUGGACAGUCUAGAGCAUGUCCCUCACCCGUACCCCGCCGGUCAGCUGUCACCCGCCAAGUCCAACAACAGCAUGGAGCAUCUCGGAGGAGGCAAACGAGACUCGGCCUACAGCUCCUUCUCCACCAGCUCCGGCACUCCAGACUACACCCUCUCGAAGAGCAACGCCGCCUCGACGGAGAACAUGCUCUACAAAGUCAAUCAGUGGGAGGCGGGAGCAAAGCACAACAAUGCUAGGAACAGCCAGAGCGUGAUGGAGGGAGUCAAACCGGACGAUAGGGUCGCGUACUUCCAGAUGCCGGGUGUGAACUCACAGACGGACGACUCGGCCGGCUCGCGCCAUUCCACGUCGAGCAGAACCAGCGUAGGACCUGUUUGGCACGUCCCCGAACCUAAAAAGAAGACCACCUCCCCCUCUCCUCCGCCUCCCCCUCCACCCGCACGCAGUGACAGUUUUGCUGCGACAAAGGUGCACGAAAGGGUGCUCGUCAUGGCUCACCCAGAAGGCCCCGAAUCCCACGUCGCCUCCAUUAAGACCUCCACUGAAAACCGCCGCAGCCUCAACCCACCCCUGAAAAACGAUGGCGAGGUUCCAUACACUUCAUCUGAUAAAUCAAACCAGCUCGGCUCAAACAAGCAGCAAUCCCUGUCCACCAGUGACGUCCGGCAAAACCAGCCCCACCAUCAAAGACACCACAGUGACAAAAGCACUUUAUAUUCCCAGCCCCGAACUAUGUCCGUACCAAAGCCGCCGCAGAACGUCGGGGGCUACUACUGCAGCAUGCAGGAGCUGCCCACCAACGGUUCUGCACAACACUUUGGUCAGAACCACAGAAGGAACUUAAGCAGCUCCAUGUCCACCACAGCCGCCGACCAAAACACUGACAGCAGUCGACAUAGCCGGUACUACUGCGUCACUACGGUUCAGCCCGCGCAGCAUAACCCCCAGUUGGGAAAAUCAGAGGACAGGAAGAGCGUCACCGGUGCAGACCUGGUACACGCCGGAAAUGAGCGCAACUCUCUCAGCCCACAGACGGUCACCAAAGUGAAGUAUCAUCUGCCCCAACAGCAGCAACACUCCUCUCUCAGCAAAGACAGCAACGGAUACGGAAAGCACCAAGUUACCACGAUGAUAGAAAUAGCUGCACCCAAAUCCAGCGCCGACGAUCGGGGAAUCCAGAGGGGACACAACGCAGAGGCUCCGUUCACGAGUCACGCUUCUAUCAGGCAGCCCGAACAGCGGAGGUCUCUGCCGCCUCAACAUCACCAAGACGUCAGACACCACGGCCAAGCGAGCACCAAGAUCUGCCCCCAGGCGACCCCCAUGCUUCACUUUCUGUCCAUGGACGACGCCGCAGGCCAAGGCGAGGUGUCAAGAGGUCCAAACCCAGAGGAGUCUCUGGACAACAAGAUGGCGAAACGCAGCGACCGUUUUGCCACCACGUUGAGGAACGAGAUCCAGAUGAGAAGAGCCAAGCUGCAGAAGAGUUUGAGUGCAGCUGCUCUUCCUGGUCCUGAGGGAGGGACUGAAGCGGACCAGGAUGUCUGGAAGUCCACUGAAAGCUCCACCCCGACCUCAGCAGAUGGCUCCUUCAGCAGCUCCUACAAGGAUAAUCUGAAGGAAGCACAAGCGAGGGUGCUGAAGGCCACGUCUUUCAGGAGGAAAGACCUGGAGCCCGUCCUGCUGGAGCACCCAACGGCCGAGGCCUUACCCAGCUACCCGUCCUCAGCGCUGGCCCGCAAAGACGUCGCCCCGCUGCCCACCGUCUCAGAGUCUGUAAUGAGUAAGUCGGGGCCCGCUGCCGGUCAGGUGACUCGCAUCGGUGGCCGUAAGCGUUUCGCUGCAGAGAAGAAGGUGCGGUCUUUCUCUGAACCGGGCAAAAUCCACGAAGUCGGGGUGAAGGAAGAUCUCCUUCACAAUGAAAGCUCCUCGCUAGAGCAACAGAAGCUCCGUAAAGAAACCGGGAAACCAGCUUUGCCCAAUCACAUCCCCCCUCGGAGCGGGACGGAGACCCGAGGUCCUGCCUCCUCUAUUGAGACAGAAGACACGAUGAAAGGCAGAGAGUACGCCGAGGAGGUCCACGGAGGUCCUCACUCUGCACACAAGCAGGUCAUCCUAGACCAGCAAAGACUGGGCACCUUCGCUGAGUAUGAGGCCAGGUGGAAUAUUCAGAAACCCCCCCAGGAAACAAGAGCCUCCGGACGGUACCGAUCGGCUGAUAACAUCCUGGAUCCAGGACCGGAGGAGAGAACCAAUACCACCUGUUUCCACGAGAGAUCCAGAUCGUCUCCUUCAGCCGACAUCUACGGACAGAAGAUUCAAGUUCCUGCAAGAAAGUCAGAGACAGAAUAUUCCCAGACGGAGAGUAAACCUGCUGAACCGCUCAUCUCCGCCACACGGUUCCCUGACGGAGAACCCGGCGACUGCAGAGUGAGAGAGGCUCAGUACUCAGCGCCUCCUCCUCCGCCUCCUCCUCCUCCAGGAGCAAACCUGGACUCCAGACUCAGAGCUGGACCCGCCGCCGUGACCCACAGACCCACCUCGGGAUCCCACAGUCUCCCGGAGUCGACCCUCCCUCCGCUGGAGGACCGCGACCACAGCGAGCCGCCGUCUGGGCCGAGGAGUUGGCCCUCUCCCCCACCCGAAUGCCCUGAGGUCGACUCCCUGGAGUCCCUCUCUGGUUCCCAGAGCGAGAUCCUCACCCACUGCUCUCCUCAGGCUGACCCGGACCCGGCCCACGCUGCAGAGGGAGAUUCUGAGCAGGCCAAAGGACUCGAGGACAAAGGACAAGGGGCAGCACAUCAUCUGUCAACAUCCAAUCCUCAGCCGGCCUCGACUCCCCCGUCUCCCCCCCACAGACCUCCAGGGCCGGUCUCCAUGGAGGGGCAGCGCUCUCCUUCUCCACAGUUUUCUCCUCAGAGACUCAGUGACAAACCUCCGGUCUCUCUACAGGACGAGGACUCAGACAGGACGGAGCAUGUGAUAGAUAACCAACAUUCUGCAGUGAAGAAAGUCCCGAUCAGGAUCGUCCACUCGGAGGGCGUCGCAGAGAAGGAGACGAGUCCCUUUCUGCAGCACACUGACCCCCCCGCUGUGGAGGACCAGGGUCCCGGUGUGAUCCGGCUCGGCGGUCUGGGAGCCGCGGGGCAGGACUCGGUCUUCUGUGCGUUCACUCGCCAGAAGGAUCCGGACGAAACGCAGAACGCUCAGACAGAAACGUACAUGACCACCGACAGAGAUCACAACUCUGACGGUCAGCUGACGGAGACCACACGACUGUCUGAGGAUCAGAAGAGAGAGGAGCUGGCCAAGAGCAUCAUGGGAAAGGAUAAAUCACUGGCUGAUAUUCUGGACCAGAGCAAGAUGAAGACCACCAUGGACCUGAUGGAGGGCAUCUUCCCUCAGGGGGAGCAGCUGUUAGAAGGAGCUCAUCAGAGAAGGAAGGUCAGCCGACCCGCUGAGGAAAGGGAAAAGGAGGACAGCAUGGCGUCCGCUGUAACCAUGGUGACCAGCUCCACGUAUUACAGCACAUCUGCUCCCAAAGCCGAGCUCCUCAUUAAGAUGAAGGACAUGCAGGAGCAGGAGGAGGAGGAGGAAGACUCCGAAGACGAGCUGGACAUCGAUCUGGCCAACAAGAAGCAAGAGCUGAUCGACUCCCUCAGCAAGAAGCUCCAGGUUCUGCGUGAGGCCCGUGAGAGUCUUCAGGAGGACGUCCUGGACAACAACGCUCUGGGAGACGAGGUGGAGGCUCGAGUCCAGCAGGUCUGCAAACCCAACGAGCUGGACAAGUUCCGGAUGUUUGUCGGUGACCUGGACAAAGUGGUGAGCCUGCUGCUGUCGCUGUCGGGCCGCCUGGCCAGAGUGGAGAACGCCCUCAACAGUCUGGAGGAGGACGCCACCGCGGAGGAGAGGCGCACGUUGACGGAGAAGAGGAAGCUGCUGAUCCGACAGCACGAGGACGCCAAGGAGCUGAAGGAGAACCUGGACCGCCGGGAGCGCCUGGUCUACGACAUCCUGGCCCACCACCUGCCGGGGGACGGCCUCACGGACUACGAGCACUUUGUCAAGAUGAAGUCGGCGCUCAUCAUCGAGCAGAGAAAGCUGGAGGACAAAAUCAAGCUGGGGGAGGAGCAGCUGAAGUGUCUGACGGACAGCCUGCCGAUAGAGCAGAGGCUCAACUUCUAGACUGUCUGUCUCUGACGUGACUGAUGAUUGACACUCGUGUUCCUCCGAGGUGCAGUUGAGCCUGGUGACCAGCAGAGGGAGACAAAGACUAGCAGACACUUUUGUUUUGUUUUCUGCUGAAGGUUCCUCUCAGCUGGACCUCCAUAACACCACUCUGUCUCACAGCCUCCAGAUGUUCCUGAGGGACGUUCUCCUGGCGUCCACAAACCACUGUCUAUCUAAUGUCUUUCAUGCCAUUCUGUUUGUUUUUAUUUUUUUUAGUAAUUUAUUGUAGCCUUUUGAAUCGGCGCAGGAGGAGACAGUAUUUUAUCUUCAACUGAUUUGAGCAGCCGCGCUUCACGAACUAGAAGUAUUUAUCAUGUUUGAAUAAUUUCACAUCAAAUCUGGCCGAAUAUUUCAGUAAACACAAAGGUGUUUUUAUUUUUUAAACCUUUAUAUAAAUAUAAACUAGUGGCCUUUGUACUAAGAAGUUUGUGCCGUGGCUUCCCUCCCUGAAGAAGCUUUUACUCUGCAGUGAACAGAACAUGAAGUGAUAUCUACGACACAGAAGAGCAGCAGCACUUCACGUUCACACUUUAAGUGAAAUCACGUUUUAUUUUGAAGUGCCUGUGAAUCACCGUCCGCUCUCUUCAUGUCGCUGCUCCGUUUCAAUUCACAGCCACAAAAAAAAGAAAGAGACUUGUAUAGAUUGUGAUCCUGCCUCGUAUAAAGUGUUUCUGUAUUUCCUCUCAUGACUUCACUGUGUUUUUGGUUAUUCACGGUGCAGAUGUUAAAUGUUACCACAGUUGUUACUUCUAGAUGAAUUUCAAACACUAAAACUAAAAUUUAACCCCCCCCACAAGAGGAUGUUUGUUCUGCACAUUUUGUUAUGUUGGUUUUUUUUCACGCGCUUCAUGCACUGCUGCAGCCCGACUCUUAACACUUUACCAGCCGAGCUCCUUUAUAUCAAAUAAAAGAGUCUGCUGAAAU